AUGGAUGCGGCUGCUCUCUUCAUGGUUGAUCGGAUGCUGGAGGUUACCGGUGCUGUCACCACCUUCGUCUUUGGCAUCUUCGUGGACGUAAUCCAGUUUUGGUUUGUUGUCAAUGGCCAAUUGCUCUUUCACUUUGCGCCUGAGAAUCUCAACGAAACUGUCCUGAGCUACUGCAGCAACCAUCAGCUCUUCCCUCGGGAGCUAGCUCCACCUCUUCCAGCUUCAUCACCAUCACCACCACAAGCGUCAUCACCACAGCCACUGCUUCCCUAUUGGACUUGCAUCCCUGAUUUUGUCGACAAGGACAAAGACUGUGUGCUCCGUCGAGUCUCCUUUCGGUUCAAGUAUGGAUAUUGCCCCACCGCGUAUCAUGUACAAGGAGACUUGGCUUUGCAGAAGUUUGGCGACACUGGUCUGCAUCGUCUCAAAGUCGAUGCUUACUUCUCUGUUUUAGGAGGUGAUGGCAAACGAACGAAAGGCGAGAGCUUCAACUACCCAAUCCUAUUGCCAGUGCACUGUCGCUACACGGAGCUCCACAAGGUUGGCUUGAGUGAAAAGUCUCAACAGAAGCAUUUUCUUUGGAAGAUCGAGUUCUUCGACAACGAUGACGCGCUGGAGUCCAUUCAGUUGUUUGUGAAUGUAGCCACCUAUCCAGAAGCCAUUGCCGAAUGCUUCGCUUUCCGGGGCACGCUUAUUGAGUGUUUGAAUGCUACAUGCGAGUGUACUCCAGAGGAGAAUAAGGAGAAAAAAGAGUCAGGCAGUGAGGUAAGUGGGCCACAAGAGCCGAUGAUUUGGUGCCCUUGUAUUGGCUCCGGUUGA